UUAAUGCGUUUCCUAACCUAAAAAUUUACGUUUUGUAUCGUUUUCAUAUGUACUUUUUGUUUAUUAUACUUAUUUCGUGCUAUCGUUUUUAAUAUAUUGAUAAAUCAUAAUAAUGCUGCUUUUAAACAGCAAAUCAUUAAUAAUCCACAUAAAGCGAUAAAUUAUGAAGGAACGUACAACAAAACAAUUACAGCGAUUAGAAAAGAAGAAAGCAAAGAUGGCAGCAUUUUUGGAAAUUGCAAGACUCAAUGACAAAGAUAAAGAAGCAAAACUACAAGCUGCAAAACAGACAGUAGCCAUCAUUGAUGGAUUUAACAAUCCAAACAAAAAUAAUACAGCAGGAGAUAAUUCUCGUAAACGAACUUGUGAAAAAAGUUCUGAAAAUAUAUGUUUAGAAGCUUGUAAGGAAGAAAAUACUGAUGAGCCAGAAUUACAGGAUAACACUAAAAAACCUAGAUUAAGUGAUAGCCAAUAUGCGAACUUGAAGGAAGAACUUAGAAAACGCAAGAAGAGACUUCAAGCAAUUCCAAGACUCACUCUCAAAGCAGUUGGUGAGAACGCUAUUCUGGAUGUCGGAAACUUGGGAAAGAGGAUACCAAUAUUUCUUAGCGAUAUACAGCAUCUGCUGUUGUAUUCACUACUUGGACACCACUCUCCUUACUUACCAGCGAGAUGGUGUAAACUUGAGAAGUAUAACAAAAUAAGCCAUACUGUAGUCAUCGUGCUUGAAGGGUUGUCUUCGUAUCAUUUUAUGGCUUAUGAGAGCAUGUUUCCACACAUAGUACAUAACUUAAAGCAUCGUUUAGAGGUGAUAACGCCAGCUGUCUAUGGUGCAUCCAUAACAGAAGAACUUGCAGCUGUUCCUUUAACAGGAACACAAAGCGAUAAACUAAUUAAACGAUAUGGCUCUUUAGAAACUGCUUUGCAAACAAAUGGAAAUGUCAUAAAACUGCUAAGAAGUGUUUUUCCAAUGCAUUCAAUAAAAAACGAUGUAAAGUUUUCUACAAAAAACUUGAACGAAAAUUUACCACCAACUGAUAAAUUCUGUAGAACAAAGUUGCUUUUAUCGUUAUGGCAAAUGGUGGAAGAAAAUUAUCCUGUACCAUUAAAAGGAACAUUAGCAGAAAGAUACGGUUCAUAUAUAUUAACAAAAGAUGUUUAUGAAGAAGCUACAUCAACAUCACCAAUGUUUGGCUUAGACUGUGAAAUGUGCUUAACAACAAGCAACAUUCUUGAACUCACUAGAAUAAGUAUCGUAGAUGAGGAUAUGAAUGUAAUUUACGACAGCUUAGUGAAACCUGAGAAUGUGAUAACGGACUACCUGACUCGGUACAGCGGUAUUACUGAGAAUAUGUUAGAUGAUGUCACGAUUACAUUGCACGACGUUCAGCAGAAAAUAAGGACGUUACUUCCUCCAAACGCGAUUCUCGUAGGACAAAGUUUGAAUUCUGAUUUGCAUACAUUAAAAAUGAUGCAUCCCUAUAUCAUUGAUACCUCUGUAAUAUUUAAUCUCACCGGGGAUAGGUAUAGGAAAACGAAAUUGCAGAUCUUGGCGCGCGAGUUUCUCGGAGAGAGUAUUCAAGAUGAUAAAGCUGGACAUUGCUCAACAGAAGACUCGAAGGCUUCUAUGAAAUUGGUGAAGUUAAAAUUAGCGAACAGUGUGAAUUACGGAGACGCUGUGUUGCUUGGUGAUCGCAGCAUGAGAAUCUUGAAAAUGGAGUCUAAUAACGAGACUACAACGCGAGAAUUGCAAAAAAUAGAAAUAAAGAAAUAUGCCACGUCAAUAUUCAGUCAUAUAACGAAAAAUAAAGGCACCACUGCCGCUAUCGUGGGCAAUGAUGAAGUGAUAUCCGAAUAUUCUAAGUAUUUAACGAACUCUUCUCUCAAUGUCAUGGAUGAUGAAAGUUUCGCAAAGGAUGAUCAAGUACGUCUUGUGAUAGCAGAUAACAAUAAACAUGCCGUAGACCGAACUUCAGAAAUAGCGAUGGAACAUGCUUUUGUAUUGUGCCACGUAAAGCUUAAAGAAGAACAAUUGAAAGAUGAACAGCUAGAGGAAACGUUUCGCACUGUAAAUAAAUGGAUUCAUAAAGUUUGGCAAUAUAGCGCAAUAAACAGUCUUGCAUGCGUGAUAUUCAGUGGGCAAAAUAAUACUGCGAAUGGUUCUUGUUUUUUAAAUAUUAAAACGGAGAUAUCGUCGGACAUCGUCAUAAGAGCUUGAAAAAUGCUGGAAUUAUUAUCAUCUUGAGAACUGUGCGUGAAAAAAAUUAAUUUCGUUAAUUCGAUACAGUAUCGAAAGAAUCUAUCUGGCUAUGUAUUUAGAUAAAUAACACACACUUGUAUAAAUUUUUGUUAAUAGAAAUAUAUUUUGAAAUUUA